AUGGAGAAAGACUGUACAGAGAUCUGUGCUUUUGGAACUUUCGGUGAUAAUUGCACCUUGUUCUGUCACUGUCGGGAUGGACCGUGUGACUACAUAACUGGAGUAUGCACAGGAGGAUGUCAACAAAACUGGACUGGGAUAACUUGCAGUGAGUGUGAUUCUGAUCACUAUGGUCCUCUAUGUGAGAAAUCUUGCUUGAGCAGACACUGUGAUGAAUCAAGUGCUAACUCCUCAUGUAACAAAGUGACUGGACAGUGUGACAACGGAUGUACAGCAGGAUGGAUGGAGAAAGACUGUACAGAGAAAUGUUCACAGAAUAUGUAUGGCUUAAAAUGUGGAAAGUAUUGCAGUCUGCGACAGUGUCUGGGAAGUUCAUCUUGUGAUCACGUCACUGGAAAAUGUGACCAUGGCUGUGAUCGAGGAUAUUGGUCUGACGAUUGUCGAACGAGGUGUCAGGACACCUAUGGAUUUAACUGUAACAUGUCUUGUGGUGCUAGACACUGUUUUGCUGGUACGACGUGUCCUUUGAUGACAGGAAUAUGUACAGAAGGUUGUCAAGCUGGCUGGGAGUUACCUGACUGUACAACUCCAUGUCAAGGUGGUACAUUUGGACAAAGAUGUCAGUCAAAGUGUAGUGAACGACACUGUAAAGGAGACAGCUCGUCUUGUGAUGCUCAGAAUGGAACAUGCCAACAUGGCUGCCAGCCGGGAUGGAAGAGUUCAAGUUGUAACAUUUUAUGUGAUAGAGGAUCCUAUGGCGCUGGUUGUAAAUUCAUUUGUUCAAAAAGACACUGCAAAGUGAUUACGACGAGCUGUAACAAGGUCAGUGGUUCUUGUGAAGGUCUGUGUCAGGACGGAUGGAUAGGCGUCGACUGUACAGGAUGUGAUGGGAAAUACGGGCCAUAUUGUUCAUUAUCGUGUGAUGCCAGACAUUGUAAAGACAGCAGUGCACCGUGUGAUCACAUGACCGGAUAUUGUGACGGAGAAUGUCUGCCUGGUUGGCUAGGUGCUACAUGUACUGACAAAUGUAAUAUAGAGUCCUAUGGUCCUGGUUGUAAAUUCAGUUGUUCAAAAAGACACUGCAAAGUGAGUACGACGAGCUGUAACAGUGAUGAUGGUUCCUGUGAAGGUCUGUGUCAGGACGGAUGGAUGGGAAAAGAUUGUACAGCACACGCUUGCAACAGAGAUUCUACAAGCAUUACGUUAGCCGUUGUGGCGAGUGUUCUUUCUGUACUCUUGGUCGUAGUCACGAGUCUUUUGAUCUGGCACAUUAAAUGUCGAAGACAAAAGUCGGACUCGCAUCAGCUGGAGAUGACCCAAACUAUUUCAAACACGUCCAACCAAUAUAUACACCCCAUUGCUGUAGAAUAUGAAAUCGUCGAUGGACAAGAUGGCGGUCCCAGCAUUCCCAGAGGUCACAGUUCAGCCAUUUAUGUUAAUUCUCCAACGUCACGCGAUGAAAUGGGAGCCCCGCCUAGGCGUUUUGGCAGUGAGAGUGGCUAUGUUAAUGAAGAGCUAGCGAAUGAAUACGAACAACUUUAUUUAACCAACUCAAAGUUGAAUGAUUAUGAUAGAAUAACAGACGGUUGA